AGUACGGCACAACGCGGAUGGAGCGGCAAUUCGCCGCGAAAUACCAGUCGUGCGCACUCCAACUCGCGGGAUCACCACAGGCACGUGGAUAUCAUCGCUGUCAAGAGGAAUCUCUCGGAUACGUCAGAUCGUCGAAGUUCGAUACUUCAAACGCGGAAAAAUAUAAAUCAUGGAUCCCGAUAGCUUCAAGGACUACGCCAAGGAGAUGGCAGAAUACAUAACAAAUUAUUUGGAAAAUAUUAGAGACAGGAGAGUCUUGCCUACCGUAGAACCAGGAUACAUGAAGCCUCUUUUACCGUCCGAAGCACCACAAACCCCUGAACAAUGGAAAGAUAUAAUGGCCGAUAUCGAAAGAGUAAUAAUGCCAGGCGUCACGCAUUGGCACAGUCCAAAAUUUCAUGCAUAUUUCCCCACUGCGCAAUCAUAUCCUGCAAUUCUGGCCGAUAUGUUAAGCGGAGCUAUUGCGUGUAUUGGAUUUUCGUGGAUCGCGAGUCCAGCUUGUACUGAACUAGAAGUAAUCGUAUUGGACUGGUUAGGAAAAAUGUUAGACUUACCGAAAGAAUUUCUUGCCUCCAGCGGUGGAAAAGGCGGUGGCGUCAUUCAGGGAACAGCUAGCGAAGCCACUUUGGUAGCGUUAUUAGGAGCGAAGGCUAAGAAGAUAAAGCAAGUUAAAGAGCAGCAUCCCGAUUGGACGGAAAACGAUAUCAUUAGCAAACUAGUCGCAUAUUGUUCUUGCCAAGCACAUAGUUCAGUUGAACGUGCUGGACUUCUCGGUGGAGUAAAAUUCAGACAAUUAGAAGUCGAUGAGAAAUAUAAGCUGCGCGGUGACACAUUUGCUGAAGCAAUCAGAAAGGAUAAAGAGCAAGGAUUCAUACCGUUUUACGCUGUCGCUACUUUAGGCACUACCGUCAAUUGUGCCUUUGAUCGUCUCGAUGAAAUGGGAAUUGUAGCGAAUCGAGAGGAUGUUUGGCUACACGUUGACGCCGCUUAUGCAGGAUCCUCGUUUAUUUGUCCGGAAUUCAGAUAUUUAAUGAAUGGCAUCGAGAUGGCAGAUUCGUUCAAUUUCAAUCCGCAUAAAUGGAUGUUAGUUAAUUUCGACUGUUCUGCCAUGUGGCUUAAGGAUCCGACAUAUAUUAUAAACGCAUUCAAUGUUGAUCCUUUGUAUUUGAAACAUGAUACGCAGGGUUCAGCACCGGAUUAUAGGCAUUGGCAGAUUCCACUUGGACGCAGAUUCCGAUCUCUGAAACUUUGGUUCGUAUUGAGGCUCUACGGAGUCGAGAAUCUUCAAAAGUUUAUUAGAUCGCAUAUUGCUCAAGCACACGAAUUCGAGGCAUUAGUGCUCUCUGAUCCUCGCUUCGAAAUUAUAGGCGAAGUUCUCAUGGGACUGGUUUGCUUCCGAUUGAAGGGAUCCAAUGAACUCAACGAAGCUCUGCUAAAGAGAAUCAACGGUGCAGGAAAUAUCCAUCUCGUCCCGUCAAAGAUAAAGGACACGUAUUUCCUGCGAUUGUCUGUCUGUUCGCGAUUCAGCGAGAGCAAGGAUAUACAGUAUUCCUGGAAAGAGAUCAAGCUGAGAGCCAACGAGAUCCUCGAAGAGCAAUCGGUUUCAAAGUGAUGGCGCGCUCAGAUAGCUCGCGGUUGUAGAUCAUUGGCACCUGCUACUUGCAAUCAAUCCUAAUUUUCAAGUAUUUCUCUAUACCCAGCGGCUCUUGAGGACCAAGUAGACUAAGGCAAACUGCAGACUGCAAACGAUCGUACGCGAGUAAGCGAUAAAAAUUAGGAUUUUUUAAUUAUACAAUUGAACAAUAUUUCCAAAAUGCAAAAGUUUGUUUGUUGCAUUCCAAUUUGGCAAUUUUAUUAUAGCUUAAAUUAAUAAGAUAUUCAAUGAGAAUUGAAAUGCUACAUAACAAAUAAUGAUCUCUAAUUAAUCUUUCGGUUACGUGGUUGUCAAAAAAUUCAAAUGUGACACCAUGGUUUGAAAUAU